AUGGCCGCCCAGGAGUCGCCAGCCGAGAUGCUGAGGCCCUCGACGCCCACGGCUACACACACGACCUCACCAUCGGCAUCGACAUCAACGAAUCAAGAAAAAACCACUCUGCAAGUCCCUGGCAUCCAAAUCAACGGGAACGGUGACGGCGACGAUGAACGCCAACCUCGCAGCACAGAACCUCGCAGCACAACGGCUACCUUGAACGCACCCAGCGCUAACCCCAGCCGAGCACCCUCACCCAGCCUGCUCUCCCAAUACCCACACACACAAGUCACAUACGAUGACCCCGACUUCCGCACGCCACCACCGCUUGGCUACUCGUUGCGGCCGCGCAAAAAGUCCAUUUUCUGGUUCUGGACGCUCAUCGUGGUCGACUGCAUCUUCAUGCCCAUUGGCCUGUACUUUGGCAUGUGGUAUGGACUCUCGCGCGACCAACUCUCCGCCAACGCCGUCUUCAGUAUCAGUACUGCUCUGCUCGGAACCGUAUCGAUUGUUGAAUACUUCAUUCGCUUCUACAGACUAUGGAAGAAACAAUCCAACUGCAGAGUCAUUGGUGCGCAGCGCUGGUAUCUCGAUUGGUUCCACUGGAAUCUCUCCUUUGGAUGGUUCUUCGUCAUGAUUGAACUCAUUGCCGGCACUUGUCCCCACGACCCCCCCAUCCGCGUCCUCGCCAUGCCCGCAGCGACCAUGCUCUUCGUCAUCGGCUGCCAACUCCUCCUCAUGGACGUCCUGCGCAUCAUGAAAGUUCCCGCUCCAUGCCGCAUCUCAUCGCUCCCUGUCGGCGCGCCCCUCCGCCCCGGCAUCUACGCCUACAUCGAAGACAUAUGCGCCGUCGACGGCUCCGGUGGCACCGAAUUCCGCCAGCGCUUGAACCUGCGCUACCAGGCGAGCAAGCACUUCCGCGAGAUGCUGCACCGACAGACGCUAUUCUGGGCGAUUGGCGCGAUUAUCUGUUCGGCGGUGACGACUGCGAUUGUGUUCACAAUUCAGAGGGAUGCGGCUUAUGUGGUCGGUUGGGUCCUUCCUUUCCUCUGGGCAGGCAUCUGGACCGCCAUCACGAUCCCCUGGGUCCAGCGCGAACUCAAAGUCGAAUACGAGCAGUGGACUACUGCGAAUUUCAAGGCUUGA